CUUGCGGGAUGAUAAAAGCGGUCAUCAUGUUUACAUCAGCCAUUCGAGACCCUGUUCACUGCGUUGUAAGGACACCGCGGAGGUGUAUAUAAGCAGGUGGAACCCACUGAACAUUUACACAGCCUUAGAUACCUGAUAUUUAAACUAUACUAUAAGCGAGGAUGUUUUUUCGGCACGCCUUCCCCAGGUUAUGUCACGGGAUGAGGUCGUCCUGGUGUCCCCGUCGUUGGAUGGCCAGCCGCGGGGACCUCCAGAUCCGCCGGCCCAGGUUCGAGCAGUCUAUAAAUCCGUGGCGGAGCUGGUGGGGAUUCCCCCAUGCUAUCCGAUCACUGGACCGCAUGGAGCGGGAGUUUGACGACAUGUGGAGGGCGAUGAAUUCGGCAUUGUUUCCCAGAUACACACAACGAUCAAGGUCCGGAGAAAUCAGCAACAAGACACCAGAGUUACAGGUAAACUACGAUGACAAAACGUUUGACGUCCGCCUGAAUGUGCAGUCUUACUCCCCGGAGGAUCUUCAGGUGAAGAUCGUAGAUGAGAAACUGGUCAUCAGUGGGCGCGUUGAAGAGAGACUAGACGAGCACGGCUCGGUCAGCGGUCAGUUCACACGGAUCAUUCAGCUCCCAGAGGACGUGGACCCGGACACAUUGACGUGUGAACUCACUGAGGACGGGUAUUUAGACGUCCAGGCGAGGAUCAGAGGCGCUCCACCAUCCUCCGAGAGGGUCAUCAACAUAGAGAGGAAACCAGCGUCUGCCAAUGAGGAAAACCCUGCCGAUAACAAAUAGAUCUCGAGCAAAAUAUUCGGACCUUAGCUGAAUUGGCUGUCGAUCUUGUGCAAAGAUUUUCACCAGAUUUCCGUGAGGUCUUUGUUUUUCCCGUGUUCCGACUGGGUCUUCACCAAAUUCCGGUGGGGUUUGUGUGUUCUUCUGGUUGAGAUUUUCCGCAAGUCCCUAACAGGAUUUUGGAGCACACACCUUUUUUUGGAAACGCCAGCAGUAUUGACGAAGAACUACCCAAGAAAUCUCUUUAGUUUGUCAUUAUUUUUUUUUUGGUAUUGUUAUGAAACAUUGAAUAUGAUUGUCAAUUUAUACCUGGCAGAUUAUAUGUGGCAAUAACACAGAAUUCAUUUCACAUGCCAAGAUUGUAGUUUUAUGUAUUUCAGGCAAUUUUUGCAUUCAUUUAGCUUGUUUGAACCGCAUUUACUGAGUAGUAAAGACAGUGGUGAAGUCACAUAAGGCAACAUUUUAUUUAAGAAUUUCUUGUUUGAAGUUUUCAAUAGAAAAUAGAUUUAAUUUCGGUGAAUAAAUGAGUCAUUGUUAACAUUCAA